GCGUGGCUUCGGCGGGGCGCUCUAGAGGGCCCGGAGUUCCUUCGUAGAUUUCCGUAAACAGAGCCGAAGCUCGGCCUUCGGACUCGCUGAGUUGCGCGCGCGUCUCCGGGGAUUACCUUCUUCGGCUGUUUCCGGAAUUCACCCGUAGUCCCCGACCGGGAGAAGGCACGACCCCCUCCCGUUUCUAAGCGCUUCGGAUAUUUCCGGCUGCUGCCGGCGGAAAGAGCCGAGGGCCGGCGGUGGUGGCGGCCAUGUUGGGAGCAGCAGGUCCGGCGGCGGCUGCCUGUGUGCCGGGCGCGGAGCAGUGCCGCUGAGGGCAGGGGAGGAGCGAGGCAGGCGGCCGGCUGCGGCGGCAGAGAGUAGGCGGAGCGGCGCAGCCCGGCCGAAACGCGGCACAGCCCAGCCGGGGGUCGGGGGGGUGCGGUCCUGAGCCGCUCGGAGCCGGCGCGGCCUAGCCCGAGCGGCGCAUCCCCGGGCUGGCGUGAACGGCUGCCCGGGCCUCCCCGCACCCCCGGCCGGGGCCCAUGCGGCGGGCGCUCCUGCUGUGAGAAGCCCCGCCCGGCCGGGCUCCGCGCCUUCCCUUUCCUCCCUUACUCCAAGCUUCUCGGUUCCCUCCCCUGAGAUACCGGCGCCAUGUCCAGCGCCCGGACCCCCCUACCCACGCUGAACGAGAGGGACACGGAGCAGCCCACCCUGGGACACCUUGAUCCCAAGCCCAGCAGUAAGUCCAACAUGCUGCGGGGCCGCAACUCGGCCCCCUCUGCUGACGAGCAGCCCCACAUCGGCAACUACCGGCUCCUCAAGACCAUCGGCAAGGGCAACUUUGCCAAGGUGAAGCUGGCCCGGCACAUCCUAACUGGGAAGGAGGUGGCUGUGAAGAUCAUUGACAAGACUCAGCUAAACUCCUCCAGCCUCCAGAAGCUAUUCCGCGAAGUAAGAAUAAUGAAGGUUUUGAAUCAUCCCAACAUAGUUAAAUUAUUUGAAGUGAUUGAGACUGAGAAAACCCUCUACCUUGUCAUGGAGUAUGCCAGUGGCGGAGAGGUAUUUGAUUACCUAGUAGCUCACGGGCGGAUGAAAGAGAAAGAGGCCCGAGCCAAAUUCCGCCAGAUAGUGUCGGCUGUGCAGUACUGUCAUCAGAAGUUCAUUGUUCACAGAGACCUAAAGGCAGAAAACCUGCUCUUGGAUGCGGACAUGAAUAUCAAGAUCGCAGACUUUGGCUUUAGCAACGAAUUCACUUUUGGGAACAAGCUGGACACUUUCUGCGGCAGUCCCCCUUACGCUGCCCCAGAACUCUUCCAGGGCAAGAAAUAUGAUGGGCCUGAGGUGGACGUGUGGAGCCUGGGAGUCAUCCUGUACACACUGGUCAGCGGAUCCCUGCCUUUUGAUGGACAGAACCUCAAGGAGCUGCGGGAGCGGGUACUGAGGGGGAAAUACCGUAUUCCGUUCUACAUGUCCACGGACUGUGAAAACCUGCUGAAGAAAUUUCUCAUUCUUAAUCCCAGCAAGAGAGGCACUUUAGAGCAAAUCAUGAAAGACCGGUGGAUGAACGUGGGUCACGAGGACGAUGAGCUGAAGCCUUACGUGGAGCCCCUGCCUGACUACAAGGACCCCCGGCGGACAGAGUUGAUGGUGUCCAUGGGCUACACACGGGAAGAGAUCCAGGACUCGCUGGUGGGCCAGAGGUACAACGAGGUGAUGGCCACCUACCUGCUGCUGGGCUACAAGAGCUCCGAGCUGGAAGGUGACAACAUCACUUUGAAGCCCCGGCCUUCGGCAGAUCUGACCAAUAGCAGCGCCCCUUCCCCCUCCCAUAAGGUACAGCGCAGCAUCUCGGCCAACCCCAAGCAGCGGCGCUUCAGUGACCAGGCUGGUCCUGCCAUUCCCACCUCAAAUUCCUACUCCAAGAAGACACAGAGCAACAAUGCAGAGAAUAAACGGCCUGAAGAGGAGCGGGAUGCGGGGCGCAAGGCCAGCAGCACAGCCAAGGUGCCUGCCAGCCCCCUGCCCGGCCUGGAGAGGAAGAAGACCACCCCGACCCCCUCCACGAACAGCGUCCUCUCCACCAGCACAAACCGAAGCCGGAACUCCCCACUUUUGGAGAGGGCUAGCCUUGGCCAGGCCUCCAUCCAGAAUGGCAAGGACAGCCUAACCAUGCCAGGGUCCCGGGCCUCCACGGCUUCUGCUUCCGCCACAGUCUCUGCGGCCCGGCCCCGCCAGCACCAGAAAUCCAUGUCGGCCUCCGUGCACCCCAACAAGGCCUCUGGGCUGCCCCCCACGGAGAGUAACUGUGAGGUGCCGCGGCCCAGCACAGCCCCCCAGCGUGUCCCUGUCGCCUCUCCCUCCGCCCACAACAUCAGCAGCAGUGCUGGAGCCCCAGACCGAACUAAUUUCCCCCGGGGUGUGUCCACUCGGAGCACCUUCCAUGCUGGGCAGCUCCGGCAAGUACGGGACCAGCAGAAUCUGCCCUACGGCGUGACCCCAGCUUCUCCCUCCGGCCAUAGCCAGGGCCGGCGGGGGGCCUCUGGGAGCAUCUUCAGCAAAUUCACCUCCAAGUUUGUACGCAGAAAUCUGUCUUUCAGGUUUGCCAGAAGGAACCUGAAUGAACCUGAAAGCAAAGACCGAGUGGAGACGCUCAGACCUCACAUGGUGGGCGGAGGUGGCGAUGACAAGGACAAGGAGGCCAAGCCCCGCUCCCUGCGCUUCACGUGGAGCAUGAAGACCACGAGCUCCAUGGAGCCCAACGAGAUGAUGCGGGAGAUCCGCAAGGUGCUGGACGCCAACAGCUGCCAGAGUGAGCUGCAUGAGAAGUACAUGCUGCUGUGCAUGCACGGCACGCCGGGCCACGAGAACUUCGUGCAGUGGGAGAUGGAGGUGUGCAAACUGCCACGGCUCUCGCUCAACGGGGUCCGCUUCAAGCGGAUAUCGGGCACCUCCAUGGCCUUCAAGAACAUUGCCUCCAAAAUAGCCAACGAGCUGAAGCUUUAACCGGCCGCCGGGCCAGCGACUGCACACCCUGGACACCCUGGGCGAGACUACGGUGGGGCGCCGGGCAGGGCAGGGCAGCGUGUCCCCUCUGCUGGGACUUGACACCCCGUCCCUGCCCUGCUGGGUCCUUUCUUCCACGACUGUGGGGGAUGGGAGAUGGUUCCCCCCUCCCCCACAUUCGCCCUGCCCAGAAAUUCCUCCUCCUCCUCUCUCCCCCCUGGAGGCAAAGGAAGGGGGGUGGGGGGCAGGACUCCCCUCGGUACUGCGGUUGCACAGAGUAUUUCGCCUAAACCAAGAAAUUUUUUAUUACCAAAAAGAAAAAAGAAAAAAAAAAUAUCCCAGCGGCCAGCUUUCCUCCCUGCCCCAUUGGGACAGCUGAGACUGGAUCUGUGGGGCGCCCGGGAGGGGGGCUCCCAGCUGGGACACUCUCAGGCAAGAGUGGUGGAGCUCCCGUCAGGCCCUCCCCCGCCUGGCCCGCUUUGGGCUUCUCCCCUCUCCUCCCCUCCUUCCUCCAAGCCAACCACCAGAGGUGGCCUUGCCCUGCCCUCGGGCCCCUGGGCUGGAGGCCUGGGCGCCGGGGGUGGGCAGGGGCGACGAGGAGCCCGCCCCUGCCUGCGCAGAGCUGGGCAUUCCCUUCCAUGAGCUGCUGUGGGGACACUCGCUCCCCUCCUCAAGGCUGUGCCAUCUUUCCCACCUCACCUGCCUAGCAGGAGGGGCUGACCCCAGGCUGGGAGAGGGGAGGGGGCCGCAGGGUGCAUGGGCUCUGCAGCCCCCUCGUCUGAAAGCACAGGCCCCCUGCUGGCUGCCGGCCUUCAUCCGCCCCCUCCAGUGCCUCCCCCCUUUCCCAGUCGUUGGCAUUAAUCCAGGCGCUGGCUCAAGCCAGUGCAGUGACUUCUGCACCCUUCUCAUCUCUUGGCCUUGACUUCUCUUCUGACACUGUUGCUCCUGCCCUCAGGAGACAUGCCCAGGGCUGUGGCCACCUGGUGGGAGGCUGCACUGGGUAGCAGGGCCAGGGGCUGGCUGCCCUGCACAGGGUGGGGGCGGAUAAGUGACUCCCAGCUUGCUAACCUCGCGGCCGGCCUAUGGGAGUGGGCGAUGGAUGGGCGCUUGGCUGGUGGCGGCCACUGCAUCCCUUAAUUUAUUUCUCUGCUGUUUCUGUUCUUCAGAAAUUGGGGGAGGAAGGGGCAGUCCUGCAGAGGCCACCCUGCCCUCACCCAAGUUGUACAUUUUUUGUGAUGGGUUUUAUUUUUUAUUUUAUUAUUUUAUUUUUUUCUUGAUUUAUGAUGACUCCAGCCCUGUUCAUCACCCCCACUCGCAGGCCAGGCCCCCCGACACAUCGAGGCCUUUGGCCCCGGGAUGGGGCCUCGCCAACCUCAGCCCUGCCUCCCCCCCAGCCUGUGGCUCCAGCUCAGACCAAGGGCUUCCCCGUCCUCCCCCAGCCCUGCGGAAAAGCCCGGGUGCUCCGAAGGGGCCUGGCCGGGAGGGCGUGGCUUGGCUCACCUAGCGGGUGGGGCCGGGGCACCCAGGCAAGGUGGCCCCCCCCACCUAGCCCCCCUCCCCUUCCUGCACUUAGUUUCUCCUCUGGAUCAAACACGUAAUAAAGAGAAUGUUUGGAAUCUGA